GACAAAUUACUCCGAAAUAGAAAUGGAGGUAACCUGCACGGAAACCACUAUGCAAAUUGUGCUGAUACAGUCUAAGCUGAAAGAACGUCUGCUGAGAAUUGGCGAUUCCAACUGCACUCUGUUGUCAAACGGGACUCACCUGUUAGCCAACGUGUCCCUCGAUGACUGCGGUACAGAAAUGGAGGAUGAUGGAGAAUAUAUCAUCUUUUCCAAUGAUGUGGUGUCAUUCAAUGAUACCACUUCUCUCGUAGUCAGGCAACCUUUGGUGGAUAUUGCAUUUGCUUGCAAGUAUCCCAAAUGGAAUAAUGUGACUAUUGAAUUCAAUGGUCACAGGCCACCGGUCAAUUUCACGCAGAAAGGCUUUGGUGAAUUCACAUUGCAGUUUGAAUUCUUCAAGUCAAAGGCAUACAGUCAAGUAGAGGAUCCAGACACCUACCCUCUGGAGUUCACCCUGGGAGAGAUGAUGUACAUGCAGAUCGAGUCCAUCUCUUCUAUUCCCAACACCGAUUUGGUGGCAGUCGAUUGUAACGCUGCUCCUUCUGUUGUUCCUGCCGAUCAACGCAAAUAUCAGAUUCUUAAAGACGGAUGUAAAGAGGAUGAAACUGUGGAGAUCUAUACCAAUGGCAAUCACUCAAAGGUCCAAUUUGCAAUGAAGGCUUUCAAGUUUAUUGGCAUCCACGAUCAGGUGUUCAUCACCUGCUCCACCGUCCUCUGUAAGGCCGGCAUACAGGACAGCAGGUGCUCUCAAGGCUGUGUUGAAUCACGUGGCAAGAGGGAAGCUCCCAAACUGACUGAUGAUGAUGAGGAUGCUUAUCUUGCCCCCACUGAGGAGCACGAGAGCGAGUAUUCUUUCCAACCUGUUAGCCAGAUUUCCUUCUUCACUGAGCUCAACAGGCGCAAGAGGGACGCCCCCUUCGAGACCUCACGUCACUUCAUCUCCCAGGGUCCUUUGCGUCUUAGGACCCAGCGAAGCGUGCCCACCCAAGCUUGUAUCUGGUUGAUUUGCAAGGAAUGCCAGUUUAAGUCGUGA